AUGGAACCAUUCGACGCUACGAGGAGCCCGCCAGUCUCCCCUUCCAGCACCAUCCCAGCUUUCAGGGGCGACGGCUGGGACGGCCACGCGCACAGCGCGCCGCCGAAGAGUGUAUCUCCGCUGACGCCCGGAGCAGUCGCGCGGCUCAAGGGGCAGCUCGAGGCGCGCAUCAAUGAGGAGCACCGCAGCCGCUCCGUGGAGCCUGCCCGCUCAUCAUCGCCCUCGCCCAUGAGGAUGAUCGCACAGGACUUCCAGGAUCGCAUCAACCGCACCUCCAAGAGUCCAUCUCCUACGCCGCGCUCUCCGAGGCCGCGUGCGAGCUCUCCUCUGAAAAAGGACUCUCGCAUCACUGAUGCUUUCGGCGGGAAGGAGCCCGCCCCAGAGGUGUCAGGGCUGGCAGCGGCGGCGGCCAAGUUCGGGGGGUCCCCCCAGCAGCGGACCCCUACCAGAAACGGUGGCGGCCUGGUCCCCCUGUCGGUGACCCCCACAAUCGCCGCGCGCUUCGAGCGCGGCCGGGCCGGCAGCCGCAGCCCGCUCGCAUCCGUCGAUGACGCGGCGCAGAAACGGCGCGCCGAGCGCAUGGCCGCCUCCAUGCCGAGCACAUCGGAGGCGCUGCGUGAGAUAGAGGCGGCCAUGCGCGGCAUCGAGGCCGCCCACUCGCCGAAAGCUUCCGCGGCAGCUGCCGCACAGCUGCGCACCUACGACAACUCCUUCUGGGAACCUGAAGCGCAACCGGGAAAGGAAGCUCAGGAUCAGCGCAAGGAGGCGGCUGCGGACAAGAAGAUUAUUUCAGAGCAGAAGCCCAGGCCCAGCGCAGCAAAGGCCCUGUUCCCAAUUUCUGGAGGCUCAGGCGAGGCAUCAGCCGAUGUGGGCCACAUUUUGCCACGGCAAAACACUAUUGCCAACUGCGAGGCCAAGGAGCCAGCAACUCCGGAAAAGGCUGCAUCCAACAGUGACGGGGAAGAGGAGGCGUUCCCUCAGACCCCCAGCAGCCUCAAGAGCGCCGUCUGGGGCUCCAAAUUGUGGCCUGCCCACUCCCCCGCCAGCCUGGCGCCAGCUGGCGCCACCUCAAGCAUGCAGCCGUUCGACGGCACUGCCUCUCUCCUCGCGGCCGCCGCGCACCCGGCAAUCACAACUGACACCGGGGCGCCAGACACUGAUGUAGCGGAAGCUGCGGCUGCUGAGAAAGGCCAGAAAGCAGCAGCGGGAGGAAAGCCGGAGAAAUCGGCUUUCAACGUCAGCGCCAGUUGUGUCCGCGCGCAGCCGGCGGCGCCGGCCGCGCCGAAUAAGGUUCAGGAGGUUGCAGAGCUAGUUCAGGCGGAGGAGGAGGAUGAGAUGACUUGCGACAGCUGGUUAACCACCCCGUGGAUAAUCUUCAUGAUCCUGGCGGCUGCUGCACAGCUUGCGCUGCUCGUCUGGGUUGGGACUGCUUCGUGGCCGGGGGCUGACAUCCGGGGUGUGGGACAGUCCCCUCCCUGGUACUGGAGGUUUCCCCCGCUGUGGCAGUUCGAGUCCCCCCCCUUCUGGGGGCGGGCCCCCCCGCCCCAAUGGGGCUUCUACACCGACGAACCCUUCAUGACUAAUGCCGACCUGCACAAGCUAGCCAUCAUCCCACGCCCGAGUGGCACCGGUGCAGCAUGGCUGCGCGGCCUGAUUAGGCGGCUGCAGGGGGCGAUGACUCAUGCGCUGCCCCUGCCCGCUGCCCAAACCGGGCAGCCCAAAACAGCCGAGCCUGAACAGGACGCAGCAGCCAUGCAGACCCAUGCACUGGCGCAAAGACAAACCGAGGCAGCGGCGGGCAGCAGUAUAAUAAGCACAGUGCUGUCCUUUUUGGGCGCGCUCGCUGCUGAGAUGCUCGGCCUUUAUCUAUUGACUCGCCUCGCUCUCUACAUGAUGGCGGGGAAGAGGCGUCGCCGGAUGUACUCUACUGGAGUGCAGCACAGCAAGAGACAAUCACUGUCGCAGCUGUGGCAGCGGGAGCCCUGGGCCUGAUCUUUCAAAUUGACAGCUGACAGCUCAAAGUUGAAAGCGACAGAUUUUGCCGAUGACGGCGGUACACAGACAUGACCACAACACUUGGAGAGCUCUGAUAUCUUGAUUGGCGCAUUGAUGACAUGUCCACUCACCUCAUUUCAGCAGUGCGAGAUUUGUUGCACAGCAGCCUUAGAUGUGCAAGAUUUCCAAUGAAUUUGAGGUCUGGCAGAAGGCAGGAAUAAGGUUGCUUGCACGCAUGAUGUUGGACAGAUGACUUGCUGGAAACACAAAUUUGUUUAAACGCAGAGGAGUGGAGAUCUAUCCAGUAGCUGCAAGCAUUCGAAUGAAUUCAGCACGAGUCUCACUUGACUGUAGCCAAAUUAUACAGAGUUGCGGUUGCACAAAUAGGCACACAGGAGUGUACGUAGGCGAUAGUGAACUGUGUCUGGACUGUCAAUUAGAGAAGAGGUAGCUGUGGGCAGCCUGCUUUAAGGAACUUCAAGUACAUACAACUUGAUGCAUGUAUGAACCUUUGUCUUGUGAAGCUUGCAAUUGUAAGAACAGCACA